ACCUGGAUUACUGAGAUGCAUCAGGGCAAGUUUUCUUUUUAUUUUAACUCCCACGGAAGCGUGAGCGGUGCUUUUAUUUUGAAAGUCUAAACCGGAACGAGUAGUAUUUGACGUCGUCUGGUUCCACGCUCGCGCCCCUCAAAUCGCCUUAUGGUYGUGUAGACGUGAAACGGUUUUCUCUCUCAUGUCUGCGUGGAUUCGUUUCGCCAAACGUUACAGGAGACAAGAAACAGAAACUACAACUUCAUUUUUUUUUUCUUUCAUCGGGACUGUUUUGUUACAUUUGAAGAUUUACUCGCUUCUGUCAGUUUGACUCCCGCUCCUGUAGAUUGCUGCCUUCCUGUGAAGGAUUUAUCCUCUCAACUGUUGGGUGUAAGGAGGAGAGGAAGCAAAGAUGCCUAAACCAAUUAAUGUCCGUGUAACCACCAUGGAUGCUGAGCUGGAGUUUGCCAUCCAGCCUAAUACCACAGGAAAACAGCUCUUCGACCAGGUGGUGAAGACAGUGGGGCUGCGGGAGGUGUGGUUCUUUGGCCUGCAGUAUGUGGACAGUAAAGGUUAUGUCACCUGGCUCAAGCUCAACAAAAAGGUGACCCAGCAAGAUGUGAAGAAAGAAAACCCACUGCAGUUCAAGUUCAGAGCCAAAUUCUUCCCUGAAGACGUGUCAGAGGAAUUAAUCCAGGAGAUCACACAGAAGCUUUUCUUCCUACAGGUCAAAGAAGCCAUUUUGAAUGAUGAGAACUACUGCCCUCCAGAGACCGCCGUGUUGCUGGCUUCAUACUCCGUCCAGGCCAAGUACGGAGACUAUGCCAAAGAUGUCCAUAAACCUGGAUACCUUACUCAUGAUAGACUUCUGCCUCAGAGAGUUCUGGAGCAGCACAAGCUGACAAAGGAGCAGUGGGAAGACAGGAUACAGACUUGGCAUGAAGAACACAAAGGAAUGCUCAGAGAGGACUCCAUGAUGGAAUACCUUAAAAUUGCUCAAGACUUGGAAAUGUAUGGAGUGAACUACUUUGAGAUCAAAAACAAGAAAGGCACACAGCUAUGGCUCGGCGUGGAUUCUCUCGGCCUCAACAUUUAUGAACACGAGGAUAAACUGACACCAAAGAUCGGCUUUCCCUGGAGUGAGAUUCGAAACAUAUCUUUCAACGACAAGAAGUUUGUCAUUAAGCCUAUUGACAAAAAAGCUCCUGACUUUGUGUUUUAUGCCCCACGGCUGCGCAUCAACAAGCGUAUUUUGGCGUUGUGUAUGGGUAACCACGAGUUGUACAUGAGGAGGAGGAAGCCCGACACCAUCGAGGUGCAGCAGAUGAAAGCUCAAGCAAGAGAAGAAAAGCACCACAAGCAGAUGGAGAAGGCCCAGCUGGAGAAUGAAAAGAAGAAGCGAGAGCUUGCAGAGAAGGAGAAGGAAAGGAUAGAGCGGGAGAAAGAGGAGCUGAUGGAGAGGCUCCGGCAGAUUGAAGAGCAGACGACGAAAGCUCAAAGAGGCUCUGUCUGCUCAGGAGGACCUAGAGAAGACCAAGGAAGAACUGAAGAGYGCGACCACCGCAGUGCCGGCCCCUCCAGGUGGCCACGCCGAGCACGACGAGCAGGACGAGAACCACGCAGAAGCCAGCGAGGAGCUGUGCAACGAAGGAGUCAGCCAGCUGGACCUCCGCAGUGAGGAGGAGCGCAUCACCGAGGCACAGAAGAACGAGAGGGUGAAGCAGCAGCUGCAGACUUUAAGCUCAGAGUUGGCCGAGGCCAGAGACGAAACCAAGAAGACGCAGAACGACAUGCUGCACGCCGAGAACGUAAAAGCAGGCCGAGACAAAUACAAAACGCUCCGCCAGAUCCGACAGGGCAACACCAAACAGCGCAUCGACGAGUUUGAGUCCAUGUGAGAACGAUGUCUGCGUCCACGCAGCCCUGAGUUCUUUUUGUUUUUCAAGAGCAACUGCUCCCAAACUUUAUCCACAACGACUGCCACUUUUUGACUUCAUUGAUUUUUUUUUUUCUUGUGGACAAGACUCCAUUAACACACCCUGGUGAUCUGAUAAACUUCUCUAACUUUGCCAAAAUCCUCUUCUACACUGAAAGUUAGGAUUUCUCCCUGAUCUGGAGCUGCAAACGUCUCCUGAACAACAGUUUAUCAUCAUGCUCCAGGCGUCAUCUGAAAGAAAAGGGAACGAGCAACUGUAAAACCAAAAAGACCUGUUUUUUUUUUUUUUCAUUUAGUUCAGUUUUUUUAACAUUAUACACCAGCUUUAGUAAGAGUUAAUGUUUUGCUGAAAUGACCUGUCCUCAUUUUACAUUUCUUUCUGUCUGCUUCUGUUUGACUUCUCUUCAUAUAUAUUUUUGUAAACUUCAGUCCAAGUUUUAUCCCAGAGAAGGUAAAGGUCUGUGGAUGAAUGAAAUCAGUGUUACGUAACGUCGAAGCACUUCUGUUAGGUCAAAACAUGUAAGUUAAGUCAAACUAUAAUUUAAAGUGACGCCUCAGAGUUUUAAUCAUCUGAUUUACAGGUUGAUCAAGAAUGUUUUCCARUUUUAAAGAAAAUCUUUCUGUGAAUGAAAUUAAAGGAAGGGAAAGACCCAGCUGUUCCACAGUUUAGACAGAUGAAUGUAGCAAAGGGAACAUGGCUAGAAGGUUUAUUUUUGCAGAUGUUAGAGGUUAGGAUGGAAUCGACUCCCUCCAGUUACAAAGUGUUAUGACGAUAAGCUAAUUAGCGCUGCUGAGAGUUGGUUGCGCGUGUCUCUGUGUUUCUUUGUGUGUCUGCCAGCUCACAGAAAGUAGAAGUGAGUCAAGUCUUGUUUGUGUUUGCUGAAGCUGAGGCACCUCUGACUGACGGGCGCUCAGGGUGCUUCCUCCUCUCCCUGAACUCAGCUGCUUGCUGUUACGUCUCCUUAGCAGAGCUUCUGUUAUUGGUUCUGAUCCUGGAUCAUGUCAGGGAAAAAAA